UGGAAUGCAAUACCUCUGUGAACAUGGGUGAAACACAAAGAGCGCCACUCACUAUAUAUAUUCCAUUUGUGAUUGCAUUUUCAACUAUUCAAGGAAACACAUUUCAGCCUAUUGAUGAUCCAUGUAACAGCAGCGAAACUCGCGAACUUCCUUUUUUAAGACAACGUGUUGUUGGUUAUAAACUUGCAGAUGGAGAAAAUCCUAUAUGUGAUCAGUAUUUCUACAAAGGAUGGUACAAGAUGUAUGACAAUGUUAUAGCAUCAACGGAUGGAAAUUGUGGCACUGAUAUAAACUGGUACCGCAAGGAUGCUCUUCCGGAAGAAAUUGGCAAAGAGAAGAAUAUGAAUUAUUGUCUUAAUACUGGCAACGGAGAAUGUGGCCUAGAAGAAACAGGAAAAGUGAUCAAAUGUUCCGACGAAAAAUAUGUCUUCAAACUUUUGCCGCUUCCGGGGUGUCCUCAGGCGUAUUGUAUAGAGAAAUUGAACAACACAAAUGGAACCACGACAG